UAUGUGAGUGCACGAGGGAGGAGGAGAACGACGAGCCAGGUUGAGGAAGAUGUAUGUCAGCUACCUGUUGGAUAAGGACACGGCCAUGUACCCGAACCCCGCGAGACACGCGAACCUCAACCUGAACCCUCAGGGCUUCGCGCCGGGACCCCCGCAGUUCUCGGAUUUCUCCAGCUACCACGUGCCGGGCAUGAUUAACAGCGACCCCCAUCACUGCCAGAGCACCCAGUGGAACCCGGGUUACGCUCCGCCGCGCGACGAGUGGCCCCCUUUCGGCACGGGCCCGGUGAUCUCGAACCCGGGACAGAUCAGUUUCACACCCCCGGACUUCACGUCGCUGCAGCAGCAGAGUCAGACGGGGAUUUUGCCCUCGGGCGUCAUCGACACACCUGUGGGCCAGGUGUCCCCGCAGUCCCAGAGCAGGAACCCGUACAGGUGGAUCAGCCGAACUUCCCCGUCGAACCCAGGUGGGAAAACCCGAACAAAGGACAAGUACAGAGUGGUGUACACAGACCACCAGAGGCUGGAGUUGGAGAAGGAGUUCCACUACAGCCGUUACAUCACCAUCAGGCGGAAGGCAGAGUUGGCCGCUUCCCUCAACCUGUCGGAGCGACAGGUAAAGAUCUGGUUCCAGAACCGGCGUGCUAAGGAGAGGAAAAUAAACAAGAAGAAGAUGCAACAAACACAGCAGGCAUCAACGACGACGCCCACCCCGCCCUCAAUGGGCACCACUGGCAAUGUUGCCAUGGUGACGAGCAGCAAUGGUGUAGUGUCACCAUCUGUGCCACUGACUGUCAAAGAAGAGUACUGAGAAGGACCCGAGCCAUGGGCGAAACAACACCACACCAUCUACAUCUACUAUAUUGUGUUCCUCAGUGAGGCAUGGUGCUGUCUGCUUCAACAUGAAACAUAAAAAAGAAACAAAAAGGUUUUAAUACUGCUCUUCUGGGGUUAAAAAAAAAAUACGUAUUUUGAGCACCUACUGUUGCACAACCGUUUGUGUUGAUC